UCCUCCCGUGGUUUUCCUUACAGCGUGUAGUGCUCACAGCCAACUUCAACCGAGCACAGCUGAAUCUGAGCAUACAAACUAUACAUCUCGUGUGGGAGUAGGUUUGUGGAUCACCCUGUGAACACUGACUUCAAUAAAACAUGACAACCCUGUGCUUAGCUCGCUGUACAAACUAAAUACAGACUUCCCCUCCUCCUUGCGUAGUUCCAGUUCGAUUCAUGCAUUCAUAUUAUGUUGGAAAGAGCUGUUGGCUUAAUUGAAUUAAUUUUUGGUUCUAGAGAACACUCGGAUCCCAUUCUGCUCCAGGUCCCGUGUUAGAUUAGAAUGGGCUGCUGUUCGGGACGAUGCACGUUGAUAUUCCUCUGCGCUUUUCAGCUGCUGGCAGCGCUGGAGAGACAGGUGUUUGAUUUCCUUGGGUACCAGUGGGCUCCCAUCCUUGCAAACUUCUUCCACAUCAUCAUCGUUAUCCUGGGCCUCUUCGGCACGAUUCAGUACCGACCUCGAUACAUUGUGGUGUAUGCUGUCUGGACGGCUCUUUGGGUCACUUGGAAUGUCUUUGUUAUCUGUUUCUAUUUGGAAGUGGGAGGACUUUCAAAGGAGAGCGACCUCUUGACCUUCAACAUCUCGGCUCAUCAUUCGUGGUGGAGCGAGCACGGGCCAGGCUGCGUGCGCAAGGAGAUGCAGGCAACAGGAGUGAAGAGUCUGGACAGCCAGUCCUUCAUCUCUGUGAUGGGCUGCAUUGUGGAGUACCAGUACAUCGAGGUCCUGCACAGCUCCUUUCAGAUACUCAUAGCACUCGUGGGCUUCGUGUACGCCUGCUACGUGGUCAGUGUUUUCACGGAGGAGGAAGACAGCUUUGAUUUUAUUGGUGGAUUUGAACCAUUCCCCCUCUACCAUGUCAAUGAGAAACCAUCCCAUCUUCUGUUAAAGCCGAUGUACCUGUCUACGUAAAUAGAGGACAGAGUUGCUGGCAGGAGGGUUAACAGUGAAUUCACACGAAGGUGAUGCCGAGUUAACAAUGAAGAAAAGCUGUCGACCUCAACUUGAGCGCAACUCGAGGGACAAUUGAAAAACAUUCCAGUGUUGUGAUCUUUUAUUUUUUUUCUCCCUCCCAAUUAAACACACUGCAACGAUAAAACAGCGCUCCUUGAAAAUACUGUAAUUCCAUCUGUAUACUUAAGAGCAGGAUCAUGCUAGAUAGGGCAGGUGUGUACAGAACAUGGAAAUUUUAAGAGAGGUCAGACCUAGCAGUGAUGGCUGCAAUUGUCAGAGGUGUCCCCAUGCUGUAGACUGUACUGAAAGCUUUUUGUUGAACUAGAUUGCUGAGUGUAGUAACUAAAUAGCGCCUUUCAAAUCUAGAUUUUUUUUUAAUAUAGUUUAAGCAAAGAUAGUGUAAUGUUUACAUCGCACAAGAGAAUGCACGUUUGAUUAGCAGGUAGUUUCAAUACUAAAGUAACGGUGCUGUAUGGAAAACCACAGAUAUGCUGAACACUCCUGUGGUUCUUUUUUGGUUCAGGACCUGCAAACCAUAAUGCCAGCAAGCUCUGUAGCAUGAAACCUUAAUCCAUUCAUGUUGGUUCAGUAUCUCCACAGAAGGACAGAGAGACCAGCCUCAGCUUCUUGGUUCACUUUCCUUCCCUUUGUUGGCUUGCCAGAAUUGUCAUGCAAUAGUGUGAGAGAAGGAGGUCUGUGUUAAAUAUCUUCGGGGGGGGG